UCAGAUCAAAGCAGAACGUUCGCCUGUACAGACCAAAAUUUCGUGUCUCUCAACCUGCCACAGCACCGGUUCCAAUCCAAAACCUCCGUUUAGUUAUGUUUCUGGCCAAAAGUUCCAUACUUCGCCCGCAGCUUCUCAAUGAGGUGAAGGGACUGGUGAAAUCACAGUUUCUGGCUUUGUCACAGGUCGACCGACGCUUUGCCCACUCGGACGAUAGGUGCGCCAAUAAGAAAUCCAGGAAGUGCGAGCAGAGCCCACCCAAGGGUGCAGGUUUGCCCGCCCGGGAUCGAAGACAUUCUCACACGGAUGGCGCCAGUGAAAAGUGCGCGGAGAAGAAUAAAGCAAAGCGGAAGUGCGAUAAGUAUGAGCCCCAGAAUGCCAAAAAGCCGGAAUGCAAACCGCCCAUUGUCCAAGUUCCCAAAUACUACAAGCAGCUGAAACCGUGCAAGACCGACAAGGAGCUCUCCGAGCUGCAUCCCAAGUAUCUGGGUGUGUGGGGUCGUUGCGACAUACCCUACAAGCCGGAGCCCUAUUGCCAAGAUCCCUGUGAUUUGGUCGUGCGUUUGGAUGACAAGUACUACAAGCCCAGCAAAUCUCUGGACCGCGAGUUCGACCAGUACUGGGUGGAGUGCUUCUUCCGGAAGCAGAAGCGAUGCUGCCGCAAGGUUGCUCCUGAGCGCACAUACCGCGUGAUAAGCAAAAAGUGCGCUGCCACUCCGAAGAAGUCGCCUUGCCUCACCGUCAAUCCCAUGCCCUGCCUACAAGAGGCCAAAUCUAGCAUCUGUCCAAAGGUCAAGCUCUGCGAGUGUCCGACGGCAGCAGCCAUUAACAAUUGUAAAUUGGUGCGAAGACACACAAGAUGCCGGCGUCGCGCAUGCCAGUAUCCCAGCUUCUCCGAGUGUCAGCACGAGGAGCUCAACAAGGGCAGACCGAUCGAGUGCCGCUGCCUGGAGGUUCCGCCCACUUGCCUCGUCUAUCGGCACGCUCUCCUCAACCGCCGACUUCCCUGUGAGCCUCUGAAGCCGCGCGGAAAAUCGUGUUAAGGGAGGCACACUUUGGAUUUGUGGACCCUUUCAUGGUGCUUCAACAAUAGGCAGAUCAAAAUUAAUAGUGUAAUAGAAGAUACGAAAUUUUUGGUUAAAUACAUCUUUGCCGUAUGAUCACUUCUAAAAUAUUUACA